AUGCAGAGCAUCUGUGAGAAUUUGACAGUCUCAGAGGUUGUCAAAAAAAAUGAGCAAGCUCAUAAGAAGGAUGCAAAGCUGCAACACACUAUUCUUAAGGAACAGAAAGAGGCAGAUAUCAUCCAGCAGAGGAUAAAGUGGAAGACAGCUUGCCAGACCACAAAACAGCAAAAGAAAAUGAAUAAGACUGCAAGAGCUGCUCAACAGCAGAUUGACAAGAAGCUUAGAGAUGAGAAAAAGACUCAGAAGCAAAAAGAAAAGAAAGAACAAGCUGCUGUAUGA